CCACCACCACCACCACCACCACGUCGUCUACCAAACCUAGUCACCUACCUACCCGUUUGUGUUUAUCUACCCUGCCGCGCCCAGUCGUGCUCCGCUCCCCCUUUCUUCCCUUCCAUUUCUCUCGACCCAACCACGCAAAUCUCCUCUCGUGUGGUCUCCUACGAAAAUUUUCCUCACUCUCUAGUUAUUAUUAUCUCGGUAUGUUCUCUCUCCAUGGCGCGUGUCUGUUGUUGUUUUCUUCCCUAUCCCAUCUCCCGAAUGGUCCCCCCCACCUUCCCAAAAGGUCAGCCCUCUCAACAAACCACCACCCCGCGGACCCCUGAGCCAUAGCUCUUCUUCCGCCGCGGGCAUUCUCUGCUCGGCAGCCACAGGAAAAAACAAAACCGAGAGUCGGCAUUGAGACCUGGCAGAAGGAGUUCAGGGACAAAGAGACGGAGAGACUUGGGGAGAGAGAGGCAGGCGCAUCAUCGGGGGGCGGGUCGGGCGGACGGACGGACGGAUAGAUGGACGGGCUGGCUGUAGGAAGGAACGGCCGGGCAUUGACUGCACACGGCGGCCCCAUUCGGCAGGGUCGGUCACAUGACCGGCGGCUCCCGCCGCGGCGGCGCGCCAGGGGGCAGAUGGUCGAAAUCGGUGUAGGACAUGGUUCUGAUUGGCUACUGGGGAUGGGGCUCACGCGGCUGCCGACCAAUCAUGCACCCCGGCCACACCGAGAAUGCAACGGCCCCGACGGUGUAAGUGACGGGACGUGACAGAGCCUCCCCCCAUGGACACCAUGUUAUAAUUCUUCCCUUGUGUCAGGCAGAGUCCCAGAACCCGACAAAUCUUACACAAAGACCUGCUGGGACAUUGGGCAUCUUCACGUUAUUGCCCUUCUGACACGAGGCCCCCGGGCUCGAUUCGCCAAAGCUAGCCAAGCAAGGUCCCACUGCAUCCCGUGACUUACACGGCCAUCAACAUGGAUACAACCGCCUGGGACGGGCAAGAAAACCCCCGUCUUCCCUCCUCCUCCUCGGCCCUCGAUGAACUAUUCGACAAGUUCUUUGACUGGCCGGCCUUUUCCGGCGCCCCUCAGCCCAUAGACGAGUCUAGUCACUAUCCCAGCCCCCCGUUCUCAGACAGUCCCUCCAGUCCCAUCUCCGGCUACGGCUACGAGCACGGCGGCUACAGCCCCUCGUCGCCCGUCCACGCCUCUCAACUCUCCAUCCGUGAUCUCGAAGCCGAGUUCCUCAGGAUGCGAGCCCCGUAUGACGACCCUGUCCACGGCUCAGACUACUCUGGCCAGACCCCGCCCGACCUCGUCCAGGGCGGGAGCACCUCGCCCUCCGACCACUCCGGCUCCCUGCCCUCGGACCGCUCCGACGAUGGCCAUCAUCGCCCGCGCGUUUCUCUAAGGGAGGCCCAGGCCCACGACGAUGAAUGGACCUAUCCUCAGACCGAGUCGUCCGUCAAGCCCGUGCCCCGUGGUUACCCGCCACGCAUCCACGUCCACGGCGACCAGCCCAGGGCCCAGUAUGCCAGCCAGUCCGCUGGCCAGAAGCGUCGACGGUCCGCUGCCGACUCUGACAAGAGGCAGAGGCAGCUCGCCGACCCCGUUCAAACGGCCGAUGUCCGGAAGAGUGGAGCCUGUCUGCCAUGCCGAGUAACCAAGACCAGAUGUCAUGAAAGUGGCGUCUGUCCCACGUGUAGAAAGUCGUUUCCGGACCACUCGCACCUUGUCUGUACUCGUAAAACCCCAGGCAGUGCGUGGCCCAUCAUCACCCAGGGUCCAGAUGUGUGGUCCAAAGACCCGUACGCCGAAGAACAGCUCUGUUCUUGCGCACGCAGGUAUUUUGGCACGCCGAGGGAGAUCACCAUCUUCCUCACCACCGACUUGAAGUCUCCCGCGUUGCGCGCAAUCGUGCAGCCGUACAAGUCCAAUGAUGACUCCGAUGAGGCCAAGAAGGCAGACUUUCCUCGUGAUCACGUCCCCAGCCACGAGGCGCUGCAGCGGUGGGUCGAGGGCCAGAUCAGGAGGGAGUACAAUUCCGCCGAUUUCCCUCGGGCCCUGCAGAGCUUCUUACUGGCUUAUUCUGAAGGGGGUCGUUCUCUUCCCAAGCAUGACCUUGUCGACAACGUUCAUAAGAUGAAUUGCUUCUUCAGGAUCUGGAGGAUGCCGUCAUUUUGGUGCCGCGACCCUGCCAACCACAUCGUAACUCUUCCUCUAUCGGUCCAGGCGCGGCUGAGGAAGAUUGCCCGAGAGGCGCUCAAGUUGCUCGAAUACAAGGUUUUGAAGAGCCUGGAUGACUGUCUCGGCCAGCAUUCCCAGCCACAGCCCCAAGAGAGGAUGGCGAUUUGGGCAUGCUUAUGGCAGCUCAUUCUCAUGUACCGUGACCUCAUGGGUGCCUUCAAGGCUCAAAUUGCUCGGGCCGGUCCGAAUGGCGGGGUGUACCACGCCCACUACCAGCGACUGGCCGACGUGCACUUCCCCAUGGUAGCCAUCUUCUACCACUACCAGUUCCGUACCAAGAAAAGCCUGGAGAUAUCCUUGGACUGGCUUCAAGCUGGAUCUCACCAUCGCCAUGAUCCCAAGAACAAGGGCGAUAUUUGCCAUCUGGGCCGUCGUCUGCUGGAAGCCCGCAAGGACAUGUACCAGAGCCUUCGGUCCUCGGCCGACGACUGCGACGCCCUCCUCUGCGUGCUCGUGGUCAAUCACGAGCUAAAAAAGCUCAACGCCCGAAAGCGGGCGCCAAAGGCAAGCGGCAAGUCUAGAGGCUCCCGGCGUGGCGGGGGCGAUGACUGUGAUGACGAUGGCGAGUGAGUUCCGGGACAAGAUGUGGGCGAUGCGUCUACGGUGACGCACUGGGGAGGAUUCGAAUCUAAUGAGGUCAUGAGAUCAUGACAGCGAUGUGGCCCUAAAAGAUGUCUUGAAUUGCGUUUUGUCUCCCUUGUUGCUCAAAGCAGACUGAAACCCGUCCGCGAGUGCCUCUGGGUCGACGUUUCCUUGAUACUUGGACGCAAGGCCCAUGCUCAGAAAAACCUUGUCCCUUUUGCUGCUUUUGCCCGGUUCAACAACCGCAUGAAAACUGUGACGAAUCAGAGUUAGCAGAAAUUCGGAAAGUGCUGAAUGAUUGAAGAGGCCGUACGUGAUUGCGCUUAGAAGCUGUUCUGGCUCCUGGGGCAUGACGGGAAAGAUGUUGGCAAGAACGCCGCAGACGGCCCCCAGGUAUAAUGCCCAGAACGAAGCAUCUCUGUCAUGAUCGUCGGC